AUCACAGGUGAAUCGCCGUGAGCCAACGAGACCCACCAGAAAGGGCCAGUAGACUCACUCAUUGCAAAACACCUCCAGCCCCACACAGUACAGUUCUUCCUUCGUCAGUAUUCUCAAAAAAAAUCCAAGUGCCCCCUCGACUCCAGAAAUAACAAAACAAAUGAUAGAAAAAAUUAUUGCAAUAACCCCGGAAACGAGAAGAUCGUAAAAAGAUCUACUGUAUCGGCGCCCCAUUGUUUAUGUCGUGAUAGCCAUGUGUGAUUCACGUCAAAAGCAAUCAGGUUCCUCAGAUUUCCUAAAAAAAUCUUAUAUUGGUAGUAUAACAAUUAAAUGGGGUCCACAAACACAUGAAAUUCAAGAUCUCUACGAUUACAUGACAGUUAGGGACCUCAAGCAGAAAAUAUACGUUAAAAUUGGCAUUCGCCCACAUCGACAGAAGCUGCUUAACCUCUGCAAAGGAAAAUUACCAGUUGAUAAUCAAAGGCUAGGCGAGCUAAAACUCAGGCCAGGCUUCAAACUGAUAGUAAUGGGUUCCAGAGAGGAAGACAUCAUGAACCCUAUCUACAGCCUCAACAGCAGUCCAAAAGUCCUAGAGACUUGUCCACAGGUUUCUCAAAAGAGCAGCCCUUCGAGAACGCCGAUUUUUGAGUACAAUGCAGUGCCCCCAGACAGGAAAGAGCUGAGGGGCAUUGGAAAUCCAGUGGACUACGAGAUUUACCUCACCAAGGUUCAACAGAAGAUCAGGAAUGGGAAGGUGAGGCAGUUGCGGCCGAUGGACACCAACAAGAAGCUUUUAGUCAUUGGGUUAAACGAUGGAUUACCCAGCAUGAAGCAGAAUCGACAGGGCAUGCAGGAUUUCCUGAUUCAGGCGUCUCAGUACUAUAACAUCGCCAUAUGGGCCACCACAACCUCGAGGUUACUCAUACGAGCCACGACGGGUUUGGCUUACAAUCCGGCCCUCAAUAUCUGUCUUUAUCUGGAUCAGCACUCGAUGAUUUCGCUCUUUGAGCCCAAUUAUGGGAUCAUCAGCAUCAAACCUCUGGACGUAAUUUGGAUGAGCUACACCAACUGGUCCGAGAAAAACACCAUUAUGAUCGAGGACAAGUGGCUCAAUGUCUUCAUCAAUGAGAAGUCUGCUUUGGUCAUCACAAGGAGAAGUGGUGUAGACUCACCAGCCUCCUCGACUGUUGAUAAUGACUUGCUGCUGGUGAGGUUGGGGGAGUAUCUCAAGAUUAUUUCUGAGCUCAGUGACUUCAGGACACUCAAUCAUACAAACUGGCUUGAAUAUAAGAAUAAGGAGAGUCGCAGGAGGUUUAUUGAGAAGAUAGGACCACUGCCUGAUGAGAGGGAAAUUGUUAGAUUUUUAAAUGAAGGCCAAAGACUUGAAAAAAACAACUCCAAUUCCGAAAACGAGUUGGCCAUUUCGGCCACCACAAAACGUGUGAAACUGGACAUUUAUGAUAGUUUUUACGAUAAAAUUGAGAGAAAGUGCGAGGAGUACAUUAUCAAGGAAUUGAGUCCUCUGAAUUCACAGAAGAAGUUGUUGGUCCUGGACAUGGAUUACACUUUAUUCAAUCCUGACUUUAGAUUAGCACGUCCUUACCUCCACGUGUUCCUGGCCAAAGUGUACAAGCAUUACAACAUUGUCAUCUGGACAGGAUCCAACUGGAAUUCAACCCACACAGCCCUAGUUGAUCUCAAUAUUUUUAUAACGAGCAUCUACAAAAUUGCUUUUUAUCUCGAUAAGCAAGCGAUGAUUCCAGUGGAAACUCCACAGAUUAUUGGACCCAUUAAUGUCAAACCUCUCGGCUUCAUCUGGAAGAAGUAUGCGAACUAUUCAGCCAAGAAUACAAUCAUCAUUGAUGAUGAGAGGAGAAAUUUCCUCAUGAAUCCACAGUCAGGCUUGGAGAUCAGGCCUUUUAGAUAUAAUGAGGACACCUACACAGCUGAUGCAGAGCUGAAGUUUCUCACUGAGUACCUGGAGCUUAUCGCUGAAGUUGAGGACUUUCGAGCUCUCAAUCAUCGAGAAUGGAGGAAUUACAAGGCUUUCCAUGGUAAAGGGGACAUGAAGAAAAGCUAGACACCGAUAUUCGUAGGGCACCUGUUUUUUAAGCACAUUAACGACGGAGAGGCAGUCUCCAGACUGAAUUUCUACCUCGAAUCUACCUCACUGUUUUUUAAUUAAGGGUAGUUCAUGUAGAGACGACUGAAACGUUUUUUUUUUAAGUUUCUGGGGCCAUAUAAAUGAAUGGAUAUUUUUUUAUGUGUAAUAUUUGAUUAAUAUUGCGAGUCGUGAGAAAAUUAUCGCCGAGUAUUUCUGAAUUAGUGGGAAUAGAAGUAGUGAAUUUCUUUGUAACAAAAAUCAUUGCAGUUUUGUAUAAUUCCCUGCUCUUUUCUUCUUAUAUGUACAUAUUUUUAUUUUCAUUGAGUUGUUGCAGGGAAUUUUGUAUUGAUGAAAUUGUGAAUCGCAAAAAUGGAGUGGAAAAUAUUGAAUACGUAAGGGCGACUUUUCUGACUUUUUUUAUAAUUCUAAUUACUCAGAAACAGAUUUAUCAGUUUAUCUCAGUGCAUGCUCGUCACAAAAGAGAAGAAUUGUACCUUCCAUGGAAAAAUUGAUGAUUAGUUAGAUAAUUAUCAGAAGAAAUAAAUUGAAUGAGUCAUUAACAUUU